AUGCGCCUGCUCAAGAACCUCCUUACGGGCAUUACCAAACGACGCUACGCAAAGGUUCAUGACGUACAAAUCAAGUUUGUUCAGGACAAGGAGAAGAAACCCAUCAUGGACAAGAACGGUAAGCUGCACCUACGGACUUCGUUCCACAACCAGCCCCUAAGCCUUCACGGCACCUCCCCCCUCACAGGCUUCCUCCGUACAGGCUACUGCGAAGCGCCGCGCUCCGACGCCGGCAACCACUCCGUAGCGGGCAUCGUCACCAACGAGUUUCUCGACUUCUCCGCCGCGAGAGGGAAUGAUUUGAGGCAGGCGGGGCUGACGGAUGGAUGCAAGUGGUGUCUUUGCGUGGCGCGGUGGAAGGAAGCAUUUAAUGCUAGGACUGGGGAUGAUGACAGGAAAGUGCCGAGGGUAGUGCUGAGUGCGACAAAUAAGCGGGCGUUGGAGGGCGCGACGAUGGAGGAGCUGAAGAAAUUCGCGGUGAAUGAGGAGGGGAAGUGA